AUGUUAGACAGUGCUCAUAGGUUUGAGAGGGCAUUUGAGAGGUUUGAGGAGCAAGAUCCAUAUAUGCUGCAUGAGCUAGAGCACUUGCCAACAAAAAGUGAUUGGGAAAAGGCAAGAUUCUUAACUUUAUUUUUGGAGAACUUUUAUGAUCUCACAGUAAAGGUUUCUGGUUCCAAAUAUGUGACAUCUAAUAAUCUUAUCAAUGAGCUUAGUCACAUUAAUGGCAUCCUAAAGGAAAUGGCAGAAAGUGCUAAUCCUGACUUGUGUGGAAUGGCAAAAAUAAUGAAAGAGAAGUAUGAUAAGUAUUGGGGAAGAUUGGAGAAAAUGAACAUGUUGAUUUUCAUUGCUUACAUGCUUGAUCCUAGGACAAAGUUUGAGUACUUUGAAUUCGUUGCUUGUAAAAUGUAUGGUGAUACCGAAGGUGCUGUUGUGGCUCAUGUAGCCAAGGAUGCAAUGUAUGAAUUGUUUAAUGAUUACAAGAGACUCAAUACUCCUGCUGGAUCUUCUCAAUCCUCUAUUUCUUCACUUUCUAGUGGAUCUGAAAAUAGCAUCUCUUCCUUUGAUGGAGAAGUCUCCAAAAAAAUAAAUGAUAGAUACAGAAUUGAGUUCAAGAAAAGAAAAGUUGAACUUGGAGGAAAGAAUGCUAAAUCUGAACUUGACAAAUAUUUGAGUGAGGAUUGUGAGGGUGAGGAUCCCGAGUUCGAUAUCUUGAAUUGGUGGAAAGGUAAUAGUCUUCGGUUGCCAAUACUUUCGCAAAUGGCUCGUGAUGUGUUGGCUGUCCCGGUCUCUACGGUUGCUUCCGAAUCUGCCUUUAGUACCGGAGGACGUGUUCUUGACCCAUUCAGAAGCUCUUUAACUCCAAGGAUUGUGCAAGCCUUGAUUUGUGCUCAAGACUGGUUUCGGGCAUCCGAAAAUGAGUUGAAUGUAGAAGAAAAAUUGGAGGAUCUUGAGGAAUUUGAAUCUGGUUUGAUCAAAGGAGGUACAGAAGCCACAAUUGUUGAUGUUUGA